CGAACUCGGAUGGCAAACCGCACACCGGACUCUACCCGGCAAAAAAGUUGACCUUCACCUCGCCAUCCCCGCGGCACGACCAACUCCACGAGUCCACAUCACGUCCACGACCCAGCACAGCACAGCACAGCACAGCACUUCCGAUGAUUCCCUCCCUCCGCCCCGUGCUGCGCCUGCGCAACGCGUUUCACACACCCCUCUUCCCCUCCACCCCCGGGGGCACACUCCUCGCGGUCGCGGUAUCGCAAACCCGCAGCGCGAACCUAAUCCCGCGACCAAAGAGGCCGUACCUUUUGGACCAGAUCAUUAUUCUAUCGGACGGGUCGUCGUUCAAGCAGCUGACGACGUCGCCGCGCGGGAUCAUCCGCAGCACCAAGGACGUGCGCAACAACCCGCUGUGGAAUCCGAGCAUGCGCGAGCUGCGCGAUGUCGAGGAGGAUGAGGCCGGACGGUUGAAGCGGUUUAGGGAUAGGUUUGGGAUGGGGUUUGAGGAGGAGGGUGGGCUUGAGGGGUUGCUGAAUUCUUCCGAGAAGGUGGCGGGUGCGGAGGGGAAGGGGAGGGGGGAUGGCGAGGGAGAGGGAGAGGGUGUGGGGGAGGGGGGGGGGAAGAAAUAG